AUGCAUAUCGUUCAGUUUUCCAUCGUUGCUGCGGCCAUUGCUGCGUCCGCCAACGGCGCCAAGGUUGAACAGCGUGAUGUCGACGAAUGCACCUCAGCAGCCAGCGGCCUCGUUGAUGUCAUGAGCGACAUGCCAACUGCAGACAUGACCCUUGCGAGCUUCCUCGCCAAGCAGACUGAUUUCGAAGAUGUCGCCGACUCCUGCGUUAUUCCUGCUGUCACUGGAUCCAUGGCUGCCGCCUACACCUCCUACGCCAAGUCUAUGGAGAACUGGAUCUCCGAGUUCAAGGAUGAUCUCUCUAGCGUUUACGACGCUUGCAAGGAUGUUCCCCAAGUUCAGGAGCAACUCGAAUCCUACGCUAUUCCUAGUGGACUAUGCUCUUCUUAUGCUUGGGCUACCGCUUCUGCCACAGAGAUUGCUACUGCAACUGCCAAGGCGACCAACUCUGUCGCAGAUACAGCCACAAGCACCGCCACAGAGACUACCUCCAGCAUCUCUACACCUAGCAACGUUGCUGAGAACUCUGCUGUACGCAGCACUGGGUUUGGAGUCAUUGCCGUUGUCGCCGUUGUCGGUCUGACUGUCGCUGGAGCUCGCUAG